GGUUAUAAUUCACCGGGUAUUUUCCUAGAUGAUACACCACAACUAUUUCUCAACGAUGUCAGAAUAAAUCCCCAUUUAUUUUGGACUUGAUUAAAUUCUUUUAGACUUGAGGAGCCAGGUGUGGCUGGUGGUCACGUGACCUGAACACCGUACACUGAAACAUAACAAUCUUAAUGUUCAGUGACCCUCAUGGGUUUAGCCAUUUAUGUUUUGUAAUACUAAGAACAAGAAGUGGUCACAUUUCCAAUAAUGUUUCCAGGAGAGAAGAGAGUGAGUUAAGUGUGUGUUGAGUGUUGUGGAAGCUUAGUGAAGAGCGGCGUCGCUGAGAGAGUCUUCAACCACUACUACCAUGUUGCUUUACAAGAUAAUUCUCUCCCUCUCAUUGUUCGCCCUCACAUGGGCUCAAGCUAGAAAAGGCAUCAAAUGUUGGGCCUGCAACAGUAUGACAGAUCCAUUCUGCAGUGACCCAUUUGAUAACUCUACUGCCAACCCAAAAGAGUGCUAUCUUGAGCCAGAGCUGCCUCAUCUUCGUGGAGUCCCUUCUACUAUGUGCCGCAAAAUAAGGAUGAAAGUAAAUGGUCAUUGGAGGUAUAAGAGGGACUGUGCUCGACUUGGAGAAGCUGGAGUCGGAGGAGAUGCUCGCUACUGUAUAUACCGCACAGGAACCUUCAAUAUUCAUAUGGAAUACUGUACUUGUAAUGAUAAAGAUGGCUGCAAUCCUGCAGUUGAUGUUCGGCCCAGUAUUUACCUCAUUACUGCGGCAUCCACUGGUUUGAUAAUGCUUAUUAGAAAACUCCUUUGAUCGUAUUAGUUACACAACAGACAAACUCUGUUAGUGCAUAGGACUUGCCCAUUUGAUGCUCACAAUGUUUUACAACACAUGGUUUGGAACUUAACCAAUAUUAAAGUGACAGUUGGAGCACGUUAUAAUUUCUGAAAGUUUUGCAUUGAUUUGCUCUUCAAGUUUUUUGUAUUGGCUUAGCAUUAUCUAAUAUACUCUCAAUGUUCACUACAGUAUCACCUGAAUAUAAAUACAUUAGUUUGCACAUUCUUCUUGCAAGGUUAAAUGGUGUAAUUAAGAAAAAUAUUAGCAAUUGAACUGUGCCAAAUAAAUAAUUUAUAGAGGACAGAUUUAUUCAGGUGAGGUUAGGCCACUGUGAUACUUGGCACAAAAGCAAUAUGUUGCAGUAAAAGGGUCAGUGGAAUUGUAAUGUCCGUACACUUUUGGGAAGACAGCUGUUCAUUGAGUGAUGGGGCUUGUAUUUCCUUCUUUGAGUCACCCCUACCUUGAUGGAAAAUAUAUACAGUACAGUAGUGAGUUUGGUUCAUGCAAAAUACCAGCCAGUUCUUUAAACCUGCUUGAUAAUAUUUUGAAAUAAUACCCAAUAAAUAUAAUGGUUAAGAAAGUUAUAGAAUUGCAUAUGGACUGUCAGUAAAUACUUCGAUAGCUCCAAUAAUUUAAGUUCAUUUAUAAUGUGUGCCUUCAUUCUGCUCUGCUCAUACAAAUUCAACAUCUUGAUUGUAUGGCAUCCACUUUAAAGAGGGUGGCAUUCAGGUUAGAACAUUUCUCCAUCUUUGGGCUUUAAUGUCUCUAAAGUACUGCAUAUUAAUGGAUAACAUUAAUAUACUACUACAUGAUCAACUGGUACAUAAUCUCACACUUAGUUUUCCCUUCAUAAGUGCUUCUAUUUUCUUGCUUCCAUUCUCGUACUUCUCGACUGUCAUAAGUGGUUUUAAGGUGUCGUCUAUUCUGUGUGUAUUUUUUCUCGUGCAAAGAGCAACUAGGACAUUAUAUACUGUAGGUGUAAAUUGUGUGGAUGUCUUACAGUAAAAGUUUGAUGCCAGUAGCCUUUGAAACAGUAGUCAGAAAUUUAAAUAUUUUUGAAUUGUACAUAUGACUGUACAUUACAAAAUAAAGUACUAUCAUUUAAAUGGCAAUGUGCAUUUUCUGGUGAAUUAUAUAAUUUGCAGAAAAUCGGUGUUUAACAAUUAAAGAAUACUUUUGUUUCCAGAUUUUUCUCAUACUACAGUUUUGUCUUUUAGCAUGUGAAAAUAGCUAUGUAUGGAAAUUAAUUAAAAAUCUUUUUAGUUUUUUAUACAAUACAGAAAUCCAAUUUUGUGUUUACUCUUCCUCUUUUAUAUAGAGAGAGAACAUUCUCAUCGCCCAUGUAUUUGGUCAGUUUCUUAGUUAAAUUUAAAUUCAUUUAGAUUAGGUGAAUAUCCAUGUGUUAGUUAAACCUAAGUUGACCCAUUUUAACUUAACCUAACCUAGGUAUUGAGGGCAUUAUCUCACUGUCAGCUGCUGGUAAGUGAAUGCAAAACUGGUAUAUGCCCAUUUUGGAAUCUGACUGGUUUACUCACCUUUCCCAUUACAUCUUGAUUUAUUAUUAUUAUUAUUAUUAUUAUUAUGAGGCAGACCAGUGAGGCAGCUGAAAGUAUUGAUCUUACACCUGUUGCUCCUGUUCACCCAGGAGUAAUUAGAUAUCUGGAUGUUUGCAGACUGUUGCGUGUCCCAUCCUAGGGAGGGCAUUAGAUACAGUUAAGCUUUGAAAUGAGCCGAAGUAGGAUAAUGGCUCUUAGUUUGUAAAUUCAAGUGUGUACAUAAACAAUGGGAGUUUCACUACAUCCCAAGGGAAUCGCAUGCAUUUGAUAGACCUUAAGCCUAACCAAAGAUCUACUUCAGUGCGUAUCUGGUUUAAUGUCUAUAUGGUACAGUGCAUAUUGUCUUGCACUAUCCAGCAUUGGUUAUGGCAUAGUCUCUUUUCAUAGCAUGAUUUUUCCACAUAAUUUAAGCACAGUAUCAAUAGAUACUGUGCUAGUUUUCAUUGCAAGGGAGAAACUUCACUGAACUCAUUCCUCACUUGGCCAUGUACUGUCUUGCUCUAUUAUAUUUUCUUUGCCAUUUUGAUAUAGAGUACAUUGUAUAAUCAUGUGUUUCAUCUGCUCCGAAGUCUGAUAAAGACACACAACAUUGAAAACUUUUUUUUAAAGACUCUUUUUGCCUGCACAACAGGCUAUUUCAAGUCUGAAAGAUUAUAUCUGAUGGUAGCACAAUAUAUUGGUAAAAAACAGGAACUUGAUCAGGUGCAAAUACAAGAAAUAAGUAAAUAUUGAGGAGCACUGCAUUUGGCCUAUAUCCUUGUUUGGUAUAUCUUGAGAUACACUUGUCAUAUUAAGUAGUGCCAUGGUGAGUAAUAGCAUUAGUGGUAGUGGUAUUAUCAUGCUGAGUGGUGUGGAGUUCACGACAGUAUGCUUUGUUGAUCAGCUGCCUGUAUUGCUGGAGGUUUCACCAUUUAAAAUCUUUCUUAGUUCCUAUAAAUUGUGUGGGUGGGUGUGAUGAGUGUUGUUUCACAACAUUUUUUAUAUUUGUCACUUUUUAUGACUAGUUUUGCAUCAAAAUGUGUUGUUCAUUUAAUAGGUUCAGGUUGCAUAUUUGUGUUCACUGGUAUAAUUGGUUAGAUUCCUAGCAGUUUUACUGAUGUACACCUUGCUACAACCUUCACAUGGGAUUUCAUAAACUCCAGCAUUUGCAGUCUGGCUGUUACUGCUAUAUAUGUGCCUUACGUUUCAUGAACAGUAGUGGAGGCUGUGACAGUUUUAUUAAUGUAGCAUGGCUCAGUAUUUUUAUAUUGGAAGCAUCUUUACUAGUGGAGAAGACUGGAUAUUUGUGUGUCUUGCUGCUUGCUCUAGGAGUGCUCAGGAUUUCUUUUGGUGCUUUGUCUUCAAAGAGAUAUUAUCAGUGUGCUGAGAGGUGUGGGUAAUGACAGUACUACUACUAUGCCACUGCACUACUCUCUCUGACAGUACAGUGGAACCUCGACUUAAGAGUGUCCCAACAUACAAGUUUUUUGAGAUACAAGCUGUUGCUCGGUUGAUUUUUUGCUCUGAGUUACGAGCGAGCUUCCCUGCAACCCACAACCUACACACCUCGCUUGUUUAUGAUUUCAUGCUGUAAUUCCAUGGAAAUCAUCCUCUUUCUUCUCAACACUGUCCUUUGCACUUACUUUCUUAGGACCCAUCAUUAGAAAAAGAAAUUUGGCCAAAUAACUGUAAAAAAUGCAAGCAAAGCACGAGAGAAAUGCCUCCACUGCUCAGUGGUUGUUUUGGCAUUCGCUGCGCCAACUAGUGGCAGUGUUCUUAAGCUUAUUAUUAUUAUUAUUAUUAAUUUAGGGAACUGAAGCUUGCUCAUUAUUAUUAUUUUAAUAAUUAUUAUUAUUAAUUUAUGGAACUGGAGCAGAGAUUCAAUUCCCUAGAUCAAGGGCCCCUCACCACCACCAAGGUUCCUUGAUGCUGGUGAGGGACUCUUGAUCUAGGGAAUUGAAUCUGUGUUCCAGUUCCCUAAAUUAAUAAUAAUAAUGAGCUUCAGAACGCUUGCCACUUUUUUUUUUUAUAUAUUUUAUUUAAAACUAAUACAGUUUAACAUAAAAAUAAAGAAACAGUAUGGAUCUCAAUCAAAUUAACUGACAAACGGAUUGCACCUAUAUGCACGCAAGAUAUUGCUGCCAAACAUACAACAAGAACUUACGGCAAUAACAUAACUACCACUAAUUGGCGCAGCGAAUACCAAAAUAUCCGCUGAGCAGUGGAAGCAUUUCUCUCAUGCUUUGCUUGCAUUUUUUACAGUUAUUUGGCCAGAUUUCUUUUUUCUAACCAUGAGUCUUAAGAAAGUAAGUGCAUAGGACAGUGCUGGGAAGAAAGAGGAUGAUUUCCAUGGAAUUACAGCAUGAAAUCAUAAACAAGCGAGGUGUGUAGGUUGUGGGUUGCAGGGAAGCUUGCUCGUAACUCAGAGCAAAAAAUUGACCGAGCAACAGCUUGUAUCUCAAAAAACUUGUAUGUUGGGACACUCUUAAGUCGAGGUAGGCAACUGCAGUACUUUUCAGUGUUUACUUAAUUCUUGUAUUCUCACUUGCUAUGUUGUGAUAUCAGCAUAUAAGAUCGUUCAGUCUUGAAAAAAAUCUGCUACAAAGGGAAAAUGUUUGCAAUAAAGUUUCCAGUUGCUGGUUGUGUGUGUCUCAACCACAAUUCAUCGGUAUUCCCAUACAAUCUAUUGUUAUCAAAAGUAUUGUGUUUUUUGGGAGGUUUUUCAUAUACAUUGUAUGCAAAAUAGUUUGAUUAAAGUUUUUUUCAUGUUUGCAGCUCAGGAGGCUGUUUUAUAUAUUUUUCUUAAUCCAAGUUUUAUAAGCACUUUUUCUAUUGUAUAUUCCUGUAUAUUAUGAAAUGGGAUCUCCCCUAAUUAUUCUAGUAUGCAUCAGGAGUAUAUGUUGGUAUAAGUAGAGGGAAGCAGUUACCCCUUACCCCUUUUUUCUGGAUCAGGCCUUUAACCCUUUGACUGUUUCGGUCGUAUAUAUACGUCUUACGAGCCACCGUUUUUGACGUAUAUAUACUCAAAUUCUAGCGGCUUCAAAUCAAGCAGGAGAAAGCUGGUUGGCCCACAUGUGAGAGAAUGGGUUUGUGUGGUCAGUGUGCACCAUAUAAAAAAAAAUCCUGCAGCAAACAGUGCAUAAUGAGAAAAAAAAAACUCCGACCGUGUUUUUUUUUUUUUAAUUAAAAUGCCGAAUUUGUGGUCUAUUUUCGUAUAGUAUUUAUGGUUGUAUUCUCGUUUUCUUGGUCUCAUUUGAUAGAAUGGAAAACAUAUUAUAGAAAUGGAGGUGAUUUUGAUUGGUUUUACUAUGAAGAGAACCUUGAAAUGGAGCUCAAAGUAGGAGAAAUGUUUGAUUUUUGCCGAUGUUCAAAAGUAAACAAAUGAUUUAAUUUUCUAGUAAAUGUCCAAGUACCUAUUCUAAUAUGCAGUCAUGAAUGGGUUGACAUUAUUUUUACAAUUAUUACAAUAUUGCAGUAGUCUGCAUAACAGUAAAUCUUCUAUUUUUUGUUUGAAUAAAAAUUCAAAAUAGAAAGCAAGAGUUAUAUCAGAGGGGCCUGGAGAUGUGACUGAUGAACAAAGAAAAUGUUGUUUUAGAGCCAGGAAUGUCUGCAUUGUUCAUUCUGGACCCUAUUUUGAAGUCCAUAUUUUUUAAUUUUCGUGAAAUUGGCCAAAUUGCAAAUUUCUGACCACGUUAUUGGGUAGUUGAAAUCGGUAAAUGGGCAGUUUCUUGUACUCAUUUGAUAGAAAAAAUGGAGUUCUAAAAAAAAUAGCUAUGAGUUUGGUCGACUGGAACAGUGGAAUUAGCUGAAAAUAGGGCCCAAAGUGGGUGAAAUUGCCGAUUCGUAAAUAUCACGAGGUCGCUAACUUCGCGAGAGCAUAAUUCCAUCAGUUUUCCAUCAAAUUUCAUUCUUUUGGUGUCAUUACAAUCAGGAAAAGAUUCUCUAUCAUUUCAUAAGAUUUUUUUUUUUUUUCCGGAAAAUUUGCGAUACCAGGAGGCGCCUCAGGAUUUGGGGUUUUGACAGUCAAGGGGUUAAGAAAAAACUACUACGUGUAUAUGUAGUCCACAAGCAAGCUUUCCUAUUCCCUUGCCCCACCCUGUGGAAAGUUCUAGUGGAUAUCUAUGGUACAAGGUGUAUUUUUCUACAGAUUCAAAAUAUAGACACUAUUGAAUUACUGUUGUACAUAUACAGUAUAUUAUUUGAUGAGAUAGUGUCAAUAAUCAAGUUUUAUACUAUUACAAUUCUAGUAGCAUCCAGUCCACUCAAACUCAUACAUGGUGUUUAAAAUAUUUUAUUGUACCUAUGCAUUCCUGAGAUGGCGAAUAUUUAUGGCAUUUCCCAUGUACAGUUCAUUAUGUUUGUGCUCAAAUAAUCUUACAUCUUAGAAAUUAUAGCUUGUUCAGAAAUGUCAGAUUACUAUUUUAAAAUUAUUUUGUUGCCAUUUCUGAUAUCAGAGGGGUAGUGCAACUCUGCUUGGAAACUACGUGAAGGUAAUUUAAACUAAAUUAAACCCCUCCCUAUAAUGGACUACUUGGAAGAAUGGGUGGCCAGUAAUGGCAGCUCUGGUGGACAGAGAAGAGAAUGUUUUGCCAUGUUUGUAACAGUAAUCGACAAUUCUGCAACCAGUAGACUUUGUCCAUUGUUUCCAAAUCUACUGACCUAGCAUGACCCUAGUGGGCUUAGCAGUUCUUUUUUAUAAUAAUAUUGACAUAGCACAGUUUGUUCCACAUUUCCGAAGUCCAUUAAGUGAAGGGUCUACUAAUAUAUUUUGAUUGUUAUAAUAAUCUCUCUUCCCUUUUGCCCUGUAUCUUUUCCCUCAUGUAACAUGCAAAGCAGAGAGUACAGUAUGUUGACUAAAUCCUAAUCUGAAUAUUUUUACUAGUGAGGUAAAUGGUUGAAUCCUGUAUUUCCUGGGUUAUUUAUGACUUAAAACAGUGAAAUGCAUAGAAUAUUGUAAAAACUAAAUACACUUGAUAUAUUAGGAAUGUGUGAUACAUUUUACAAAAGAAAAUAUAAGACUAAAGAGUUUAAAAAGAAAAAAAAUCAAUGAAUUGCAUAGAAUUAAGACCUGGAACAUUUGAGUAGUGUGUUACUCUUUAUUAUUUCAUGAAAACACAGUACUGAAAGAUAUAAGAAUGUACAGUUGUGUGAUGAGAUGUGCAACUUCACAUUGUGGUUACAUCAUUUGCUAUUGAAAUACUUUUUUCAAAGUAUUACUCAAUCCGUCCAUUCCAUGUUGUACAAAUUUAGAGAUACUAUAAUUGUAAGCCCUUGUGGUUUAGCGCUUCUUUUUUAUUAUAAUAAUAAUAAUAAUAUAAUUGUAGUUAUUUUUUAUAAGGAAGUUUUAGCCUCUUCUCAUUGGCUUGCCAAAGAAAUGGAUGAAGCAUAAUUUUUAAUGUGGUUAAUGUACAUUAAGUUAUAUGUUCAGUGGAUUCUUUUUUUUUUUAAAUUAAAUGGCCAUUUUAAUGUUAAUGUGAUUUAAUUAACAGAUAACUAGUGAAGCGAGUGGCCUAGUUUUUUAUUUCUAACUUAUUCCUUAUUAGUUUGUUAUUUGGGUUUUAGAUUUGCAAAAGUUUUAAAGAGUACUAAGUAAAGAAGUACUGUACAUAUAUGAAUGGUUACUCAAAGCCCCAAAUGUAUUAAGUAUCUUAUUCUAAACUUUGUAGACUAAUUAUUGGAUUUCUAAAACAAAAAUUAUUCCAUUUUUUUCAGUUUUAUGAUCUAUAUUAACUUUAACCUUUGUAAUACUGUACUGUACUUAGAGCUCUGUAUGCUCCGUCCAGGUGUAGCACUUAAAUCAAUUAUGUUAUUGCUGUAUUCCUCUUCAAGGGGGGCUCCUUGGCGUGGUGAAGAGGCUCUUGGUCUGAGGAAUUGGACCUGUCGGUCUCCUUCCUCAGACCGAACCUAAUUACCCCCCAGUCCCCCCUUCCCUAUCCCAUCCUCCCUUUUUUCCUUUCCUCCUCCUCCCCACCCCUCCCUUUUGCCCUUCCUCUUUUUGGCCUUUGGGAUUUUUCCCACAGGCACACUAGUUCAUAGGUAGGGGGAAGGGUACCGGGGUCCAUCCCAUUCCGUUGAGGUUCUUGGCGGUGGCGUAGUUUGCCGUGGGAUCUGGAUCGCCUGGGGAUGUCCCAACCCCUCUCCGGUAUCCCGGAGGGUGGCUUUGGGUGUCUUUCGGGCGACGGGUGUAUCUCUGGAAGCCACCUUUCGGAUUCUGGGGGGUGGUGGCCGAAGGAGGUAUGCUUUGUGGCGGAUAUCCGGCUGCCCUCUCUUUUGUCCACCAAGGUAGCUCGGCAGAUGUGAGGUUGCUAUCUCGAAUUGCUGGUUUACUGGCAUGAAGGGUAGGGUAUGGCACGGGUUCCAUGCUGCAUCUGCGCUACUUGCAGUGCUGAGGUCCUCUUGGGCGCGGAGGGAGAUUUCUGGCCCUUUCAUUCCUCCUAGGAACUAUCCCUCCCCGGUCUCCCCUUUUUUUAUUCUUUUUUUUAUUUUUCUUUUCUUUUCUUUCUUUUUUUUUUCUUAAAAACAAAAAGAAAGAAGUAACCUAACCAUGGAGUCCCAAAUCCAUGACCCCGCUACCCCCGGGCCCCUUAUUGUUACCGCACCCCGUUCUGACCUCGACUCAUCUUUUGGCCACUCUUUGGACACUCCUAAGGCCCCUGUACCUCUUGCUGGUGCAGUUUCCUCACCUGCUUCAGGUACCGGGGCUUCCAAUGACUCCUUCGAUUUGUCUGACCUCCGCUCUCCUUUGACUAUGCUUCCGGCCUCUCCCUCUAUGGUGCGAUGGUUUUCGAAUCGCCAGCCCGUCUCACGUUGGACCGACUCUGGUCCCACUUCUAAACACCAACGACAAUCUCCUGGCGAUGUUACUUCAUUACCUUCCCAUUCUACUCGGAAAAGACCGACUCCCUCUCCACACUCAGUUUCAGACCACACAAUGGACUAAAUUCUUUACUUUACGACCGACUUCUUUUACUGCCUGUCUUUCUGACCAUAGUAUUGGCAAAGCGCUCCUACGCCACAUUGGUAGAGAUAUUUCCUUUCAUGCUCUUAAGAGUGGUACGCACAUCAUCACAGUCCAGAAUUCUACCCAAGCUCAUGAUCUUUCUCUUCUUUCACAUAUCAAAACUAUUCCUAUCACUAUCGAAAAACAUCAUUCCCUCAAUUCUUGUGGUGGUACUGUUAUUCUGCCCCAUACCAUAGUCCAACAGAAUUUCCAGACAUGUGGCAAUGACAUUCUCGAACAGCUGGAACUCCAAGAUCUCCCAAUUCUCAAGGUAAAUACUUAUGUUCUUCCCGCCCGCGGGCGAAGACGAUACCCUUGCAAUGUGGCUCGUUUAACUUUUGACAGCCGUGAACUCCCAUCCUCUGUUUAUGUAGCAGGACAUCGGUUACAAGUUCGGAAGGUGAUCCCUACACCGCAAGUGUAGGAAUUGCUGGCGAUUUGGCCACCCAGCAAAAUAUUGCAGAUCUAUAGCCGAAUGCCCAGUCUGUGGUGCAGAUGACCAUUCUAAUACGUCUUGCAGUCGACCUCCCUCUUGCCUUAAUUGUCAUGAGGCUCACCCUUCGUACUCUCGCCUUUGCCAGGUCUACUUAAAUGAGCGGGAAAUCCGUUGCCUCAAAGAGGCAGAAGGUCCCCUUAUGCUAUGGCCUUUCACUGGCUCCGUUAAAAGUGUGGAGGUUCAUCUUCCUCCUCGUACUCUGCCUUCCUCCCCUGUCCCCUCCCAAGUUUCUUCCUUUUCUGCCACCUCCCGGGUUUCUGCCUCUUCUGUCCCCUCCCACACUUCUCCAGUUCCCUCCACCCUUUCGCUCCCCCCUACCUUGGUACAGUCCAUUACAGCUCUGAUCUUUACUCAAACUCCUCCUUCCAUCUCCAAUAUUGUCUCCCAUACAACGUCUCUGAACUCCGAAACACUUGAAGCAAUCUCUGAAUAUAUUGCAGAGACCAAACCAUCAAUGGACACUGAUCCACCCUCUGUUCCUUCUCUUUCCUCUUCUCCAUCUGCGCAACUCCUUUCUUCACAACGCACCAUUCCUUCGCUACUUGAACGUUUUCCUUUGCCACUGCAUGUGGACUUUUCUAACCCUUCUAGUCCGUAGGUACCCUUACCUGCGGAUUUCAGGUAUCUUUAUCAUUGCCAAUCAUGGCCUAUUUACAGUGGAAUAUUCGUGGCCUUGGGUAAUCGGGGUGAGCUUCAGAUGUUGCUCUCCCAGUUUUCCCCUGUUGGUGUUUGCUUACAGGAACCAAAAUUACACUCUGCCGUUAUCUAUCCCAUCUCAGGCUAUAAUUUAUUGUAUUCUUCGGAUCCUUUUCCUGAUGGGACCUUUAAUGAAAGUGCCCUUCUUCUACGCAGUGAUAUUCUGUACCAUCAGCUAUUUGUUCAUACUUUGCUGCAUUACAAAGCAGCCCGUAUCCACUUGCAUAGGUGGUAUACACUCUGUUCUUUGUAUCUCUCUCCUUCUCGGGCAUUAUCUAUCCCGGAUAUUGCCUUUCUUGUUUCAUCAUUACCGCCACCACUUCUGUUACUUGGCGAUUUUAAUGCCCAUCAUUUCCUCCGGGGGGGGGGUCCGACUGUGAUUCUCGUGGCAUUCAGUUAGAGGCUUUUCUUGCUACCCACCCCCUCCAUGUUUUAAAUACAGGUACUCAUACCCAUUUUGAUCCUUGGACUCAUACUCUUGCAUCGAUCUCUCAGUCUGCUCUUCCUCCGCCGCAUUAGACUUCACCUGGUCUGUUCUCCCGGAUUUACAUGACAGUGAUCAUUUCCCAAUCAUUCUUACUUCCCCUUCAUAUUCACCACCUAUUCGUAACCCAUGCUGGCAAUUUGAUCAGGCAAAUUGGAACCUUUACUCACAACUAACUUGUUUUUAGUGAGGUUCCUUCUUCGUCCUCCAUUGAUGAGCUUUUACACCUCUUCUCGUCCUCCGUUUUAACCGCAGCUUCUCAUUCUAUACCCCAAACUUCGGGCAGGCAUUCUCAGAAAUGCAUGCCUUGGUGGUCUCCUGCUUGUGCUCGUGCAGUACGUUUGAAACGCGCUGCGUGGGGCAGGUACCAGUACAAUAGAACCACGGAGAGACUUCUUGAUUUUAAGCAGAAGUGUGCAAUCGCUCGCCGUGUCAUUCGUGACGCUAAACACACUUGCUGGCGAGAUUAUGUCUCCACCAUCACCUCUGCUUCCUCUAUGAGUGCAGUCUGGAAAAAAGUACGAAAACCGAGUGGUAAAUAUUCUCCUGACCCGGCUCCUGUUCUGCGGGUUGCCGGUGUUGAUAUAGCAAACCCACUAGAUGCUGCCAAUGAAAUUGGCAAUCAUCUGGUCAGUAUUUCUCAGGGGCUCUCUCUAUGCCCCUCGUUUCUUUCCUCAAAGUCUGCCAGAGAGUUAGCACCCUUGGACCUUUCUUCUCAGAGAAGAACAGUAUAAUAUGCCUUUUACACUUCAGGAACUGGAGGCAGCACUCUCAGCUUGCCGAUCAUCGGCAGCUGGGCCCGAUGACAUUCAUAUUCGUAUGCUACAACAUUUACAUCAGUCAACCCUUGCAGUCCUAUUACGCUUUUUCAAUCUUAUUUGGUGACAAGGAGUUCUUCCACAGCUGUGGAAAUCUGCCAUUGUUCUCCCUUUCCGCAAACCGGGUACUAUGGGACAUGAAGCCUCCCACUAUCGUCCCAUUGCUCUUACCAGUGCAGUUUGCAAAGUGAUGGAACGCCUGGUAAAUAGACGUUUAGUGUGGUAUUUAGAGACACACAACAGUCUCUCCACUCAUCAAUAUGGCUUUCGUAAGAGCCAUUCUACCAUAGACCCUUACUACGCUUGGAUACGUAUGUUCGUAAUGCCUUUGUGAAUAACCACUCAGUUAUUGCCAUAUUUUUUGACCUUGAGAAGGCAUAUGACACAACUUGGAGGUAUAAUAUUUUGGCCCAAGCCCACUCCUUAGGCCUUCGAGGCAAUCUACCAUCCUUCCUUAAGAACUUUUUAACUGACAGACAUUUCUGUGUUUGGGUUAAUAAUGUGCUCUCCCUGGACUUUAUCCAAGCUGAAGGUGUCCCCCAGGGAUGUGUUCUGAGCACAACACUUUUUCUCCUUGCUAUAAAUGAUUUGGCCUCUAGUCUUCCAUCCAAUAUUUGAUCAUCACUCUAUGUUGCUGACUUCUCUAUUGCCUGUGCAGGCGCUGACUGUCACCUCAUUACAGUUUCUCUCCAGCAUGCGGUCGACCGUGUUUCCAAUUGGACCACCACACAUGGGUUUAAAUUUUCCAGUACCAAAAUUCACCAAAUUACUUUCACUAGACGCUCUGUCAUCUCCGAUCAUCCUUUAUACCUCUGGCACCCGUAUCCCUGACCGUGAUACAGUCAGGUUUCUAGGCCUCCUCUUUGACUGUAGGUUAUCCUGGAAACCUCACAUUACCUCUCUGAAGGCAACUUGUCACAGCCGGCUGAACCUUCUUAAAACCCUUGCUCAUCUUUCAUGGGGAGCUGAUCAUCAAACUCUCCUUCGCCUACAUUCCACCCUCAUUUUAUCGAAACUUGACUAUGGUGACCAGAUUUAUUCAGCUGCCUCUCCUGCUACUCUAUCUAACUUCAACCGUAUUCAUCACCAAGGAUUACGUUUAUGCCUUGGUGCUUUUCGCUCUUCCCUUGUUGAGAGCCUCUAUGCAGAAGCGAACGUUCCAUCCUUAUCCGAUCGCCGUGAUGCCCAUUGCCUUCACCACUAUGUACGCUUGUACGCUCUCAUGAUCUCCGCAUUCCUUCCAUUUAUAGAAUGGUCACCAAUGUUAGUAGACAUUAUUUGUUCGCCGCCCCUGUUUGCUCCGUCCUCUCUUCACCUACAUUCGCUCUUGUCUUCUCUUCAGUUUCCACCUUUCUAUGCUCAUGUAGCAUCUCACUUUUCCCUACCCCCAUGGGAAGUUCCAGCUGUUCAAGUCUGUUCUUUCUCACUCCCUUGCUCAAAAGCCCAACUGUCUAUGGUAGCUUCCCGCUCUCUUUUUCUUGACCACUUCCACUCUCAUUCUCAUGCCAUUGCAGUGUACAUAGAUGGCUCUAAGUCUUCUGACGGCGUAGGAUUCGCAGCAGUGUUUCCGGACAAAGUCGUAUGAGGGCAUUUACUAUCUUCGGCUAGUAUCUUUACCGCUGAAUUGUAUGCCAUUCUUGCAGCACUUACCCGUAUUGCAUUAUGCCUGUGUCAUCAUUUGUGGUUGUCUCAGACUCCCUUAGUGCUUUACAGGCUAUACAGAAAUUUGAUACACCUCACUCCUUAGUCCUCCGUAUCCAACUUUGGCUACGCCACAUCUCUACCAAGCAUAAAGAUAUUGCUUUUUGUUGGGUCCCUGGUCAUGUUGACGUACAGGGCAAUGAACAGGCAGACACUGCUGCGCGGUCAGCAGUACAUGACCUACCAGUUUCAUAUAGAGGUGUUCCAUUUAUGGACUAUUUUGCUGCAAUAGCUACCCACCUUCACACCCAUUGGCAACAACGUUGGUCUACUCUACUCGGUACCAAACUUCAAUCUAUUAAACCGAGUAUGGGUUACUGGCCGUCUUCUUGUCACCAGUGUCGAGGUUGGGAGACUACUCUCUCCCGUCUCCGCAUUGGCCAUAUUCAUCUUACUCGUGGAUAUCUCGUGGAGAGGCGCCCUGCUCCUCUCUGUGAGAAUUGUCAGGUUCCAUUAUCGGUCAGCCACAUUGUUAGACUGCCCACUUUAUCAACGAGCACGUAGAAUUUACCUCCGUCGUCGUCUUCGCUCCACUGCUCUCUCUUUACCUUCCCUUCUCGCUGAUGGACCCACCUUUCAUCCGGACACCCAUUGACUUUUUGACAACAACUGACUUACUUCACAAACUCUGAUACCUUCAGCCCUUUCUACCUCGAUCUCUUGCUACCCUCUACCCUGCCCCACUGUUUUCUGUAACCUACUGAUCGCCCCUCUCCCCUUCUGCCGCCCAAUACCCUCGCUUCCUUUCCUACCCUGCAGCGCUGUAUAGCCCUUGUGGCUUAGCGCUUCUUUAAUAAUAGUAAUAUUACUGUAUUGUACUGUACUCGAGAUACUUUUAAUUUUAGUACAAAGAAAUGGUGACUGCUAAUAUUGCUGAAUCAAUAUAGAAUAUUUCAAAUGAGCUUUCAUAUCAUUUAUAGAAAAUAUGUAUAUGUAGCCAAUGAGCCUACAUGCCUAAUUCACAUAGUUUCCACCAGAGGCCAGGCCUCUUGGUGGGCAUGCCAGCCUGCCCACCCAUGCCCCCUCUCUCUCUCUCUCUCACUCUUUCAGUGGCCUUCACUCGGUCAACAAGGCCUACUCCUCUCUCCCUCGCAGGCAUGGCCCCUCCUGGGCUAGGGCACUAACACACUGCCUGUGUACUCAGAUAUCGCAAAUAAAGUAAGAAGCCUCCGAAGCCCUUAUUAUUAUUCCCCACUACCCAAUAUGCAUGGUAUGUCGAGAGGCUGCACGAGUCCACUCUUCAGAGGGAGUUUAUAGGGGGCCUGGUGAACUUUGUUAUAAAUUGGCAUGGUAUAUUUAUCUUUAAAUACAAAUUGUGCUCACAAAUUAAUGGCUAAUUAGCUCAUAGCAUUUAGCAUCUCGUUUUUAUUUUAAAUUGACAUGUCUUUAUGUUGAUGAUUGUAAUUUUCCUUAUAUUAAUUUGCAAUUGGGUAUUAAAAGAGAUGAUACAUCUAUCAAUGAUCUAGGCUACAUUGCCAAUGUACUUAAUAAUAAUGGAUAUUAAAACAAUAAAUUGCAUAUCAGUGGUUUAGGCUACAUAUCUUUGGUGUUUUAUUGUCAAAUUUUAUUUUCAGUAUAUGAAUGUCUUAUAUUAUCCACUUAAUGGUUAAAUAUAAAAGUUGGGAUAUAGAUUUUUGAGAAUAAAACGUAUUGCAAAAGUAAAAUUAAUCUUAAAUGUGCAUCUUCUCUUAGAAUUCUGUCCUGAUGUAUAUUUCAUGCUAAGGAAUUUCCUUCCCAGGAAGGCUUGCAAAACUUUGAGAAGCAUCACAACUUCUCGAAAGCCUUGCAAAAUAGUUGCAUACAAGAAAUGCAAUGUUAAGUGACCUUAUCGCAGAUGGACGACUAUUGUAUUUGAGGGAUACGCUUAACUUGCAUGACACUUAUUAAAAGGAAGAGUUAUAAGUAAGUAGGUAUAACUUUCACAUCUUCAAUCUCUGUCCAUAAAAUAAAUUCAGCCAUUACUUAUUGAUUACAGCAUGUAUUAGAUAUAAUUUUUAACAUUACAGUGUCUUUUGCUGUAUGACCUUGUGUUUAGUGCUUAACUUUAUAAUACAGCAUCUCUAAUAUUACAAAUUCUUGUACUUUGGUCUUCAGAAAUUGUAAUACAAUGAAAUAGUCUGGCAUGUUGUCAACAUUUUAAAUGUGAAUGUAUUUUGUUACAUUUUAUGUAUAUAUUGUAAUUAAAAUUGUGUGUUUUA